GCGGUGAGAUGCCUCCCGUGGCACGGGGAACUCCAUCCGGCGAGAUGUCCGUUUCACCGACGCAUCUUAACACACAAGUUUCAUCUGUUGCUUACACGCCUGUUUCAGAUGCGAAGUCGUAAUUUGCAACGAUACAUCAGUUACCACAUUUGUUUUCCCUUUCAGUCCGAUAGAGAAGAAUCUUUACACCAGUAAAUGUUACAAACGUUAGGUAGCCGGAAAGAGAAUUCGCGAAUGACUUUCCCAUAUGUGUAUGCAAAGCAGAACAGAAUUAAAUGUUUUAGAGGGUUCUUCUGUGUAAGGUAAUUGUGUUUUUCAUCCUGUUGCUGAAGACAUGAUAGUUCAUAGAAACGGGAAGAUGAGACAAAGGAAUAGUAUUAUCCGAAGGAAGCGACUACAGACCAAAACUUAGCGGCCUUGCUAACUGGACGUUGAUUGACUGACAGGUGUUUCUAGGUAUCCGCAUUCUGGCGAAGUGGUUUAUGACUCGUGAAUAAAGCCGUGUACGAUUCUAGUUCGCCGUGGGAUGGCGACACACACAUGCAGAACAUCAUGUGGACAGAGGGCGGCGCAGCGGCUGUCACAUUCGCGCUACUCGCACCACCACGGCCACCACCACCAGCAACAGCAGCACCAGCUGCAGCAGCAGCUACAGCAGUUCCAUCAGCAGCAGCUGCAGCAGCAGCAGCAACAACAACAACAGCAACAGCAGCAGACGGCGGCCACCAGCUUCUACGAGGCGCUCCGACGGUCCCCACCACCACUUCCAGCCGCGCUACUGCGCAGGCUCGGGGCCAAAGAGGCCCCAGCUGUCGGGAAGGUGAAGGUGCUGCUGCGGGUGCGAGGCGCGACAGUGGACGCGGCGGAGCCUGGGGGCGGCGUGGGAGGAGGCGGCGAGGCGGCCAGCGGGCAGGAGGGGUCCGCGUCUGCGUCCAUCCUGGCGGUGGACCGGCGCAAGAAGCAGGUGGCGCUGCACAACCCGGGCACGACCGCGCUCGCCGGGGGCGUCACGCCAGGGGGGCAGCAGCCGCCGGACGACCGACGGCCCGGCGUCUCGGCGCCCAAGAUGUUCGCCUUCGACGGCAUCUACUGCGACGAUGACAGCCAGAGCGAGGUGUGCUCCUGCGCCCUGACGGACGUGCUGCACGCUGUCAUCAGCGGCUCGGAUGGCUGCGUCUUCUGCUUCGGGCAUUCCGGACUCGGCAAGUCGCGCACGAUGGUGGGCAGCCCGGAGGACGCGCCCUCGCUGGGCGUCAUCCCCUGCGCCAUCUCGUGGCUGUUCCGCGCCAUCGCCGAGCAGAAGCAGCGAAGCGGCGCCCGGUUCUCCGUACGGGUGUCGGCCCUGCAGCUGCACGACGACCGCGUCGCCGACCUGCUCGCCUCGCACGACACCUCGGACGUGGACCAGGCCCCCGGCGUGCUCCUUAGCGACGACCCAGAGACCAGCGAGCUGCGGGUUCCCAGUGCAGAGCGCGCCGCCUUCUACCUGGACGAGGCGCUGGCCGAGCGCACGCCGGGCGCCCUCAUGCUGUUCCGUCUGCACCUCUACCAGUACCGCGUCGCAUCCAGGGGUCAAGCAGUGGUCGGAGGUCGCAGCAGGCUCCACCUGAUCGACGUGGGCGGCGGUGACCGAUCCAAGGCGGGCGCCGGGCUGUCGGGUUUCGGCAACAUCCUGCUCGCCAUCCUCAACAGGCAGAAGCAUCUACCUCUCAGGGAGCACCGGCUGACACAGCUGCUGCGCGAGUGCCUGGGGUCACUGACGUGCCACGCGGCCAUGCUGGUGCACGUGUCUGCGCGUGCACACCACUACAGCGACACGCUGGCCACGCUGCAGCUGGCGGCGCGCAUUCACCGGCUGCGCCACCGCGCCAACAAGUACGGCGGCCCGCGGUCGGGCAUCUCGUGGGAGGUGUCUGCGCGCCUGCAGGAGCGCGUGGCGGGCCACUCGACGGGCAGCAGCGAGCUGGAGCCGUCGAGCAGCGAGCAGUCGGCCGACACCGUCAUCUACCUGGGCAGCAGCAGCGGCUGCGCGGCCGACGACAGCGCCACGGACGGCGAGCACCCGCCGCUCUACCGCACCGCAGCCGCAGGCGCGAGGUCUUCCCCGACGAGAACUGCAAAGGCGGCGGCGGUGAACGGGCAGGGCAGCUUGUCGCCGCCGCCAGCAGAUGGCUCUGCCGCCAAGGGCAGCCCGCAGCACCAGGCCAAGGGGUCGCCUACCCGCGCCGUACACCACCAGCGGCCGGCCAGGGGCGCCGCCGAGGACUCUGUCAACGAGGGCGCGACCCUCCACAACGGCCACAACCACAACCACGCCUACAACAACCACAACCAUAACCACACGACGACGCUGCCGCGCCGGCACCAGCGCAGCCCGCCACAGGCGGCAGACGCGAGCCCGCAGCACAGAGCGCCGCCGCUGCAGCAGCAGCUGCGCGCGCAGCGCCUCGCCGGCGCCUUCCCCGCGGGCUUCCUCAAGGCGGCCGCGGCGGCCGCAGCUGCGGCAGCCGCAGCGGCGCACGACGAGCGCUGGAUCGACGGCCCGCGCGUCUCCAGGAGCAGGGUCGCCAGCGACGCCAAGUUCAUCGCCGGCAAGAGGGAGACCUGGAUCGACGGACCGCUCAAGGUGGAGGAUGUGACGCAGCCGCAGCCGCAGGUGCUGAUGAACGGCUACAAGAGCCACGGCGGCGGCGCCCCGGCGACCUACGGCUACAUGGACACGCACAAGCAGAGCAUGAUCAAGCGCUGGGUGGAGAACCAGACGCUGCAGGCGCAGCGCCAGCUGCUGCUGCAGCAGCGGCCUCCGGCCACGGGCGCCGGCGCCGACGAGGACACGGGAGCCGAGGCCGACGACGACGCGGCCACGCUGACGAGCACCAGCUUCGUCAGCGACGAGGGCAGCGAGCCGCCGCCGCCGGCGCCCGCCGCCGAGCACCUGUUCAGCGCGCUCGUCUCCGGCCUCGCCACCGCCGGCGGCAAGGCCGCCGUCCUGCCUGACGAAGAGGAACUCAAGAUCGACUCCAGGGAGGUCGAGGGCAUGGAGGAGACCAGCACCGAGGACGACUGCCGUAACCUCUAUAACGACUCGCUGAACAAAGAGUUGUCGCUGGACAUUCGGCUCCAUUCCCUGCAUGAAGCUGAACACCAAAUGGAGCUGAUAACAAGUGAUCAGGACGAAGAGGUGAUUGAAGUUGAAGAACCAGCAGAGCCUGUGGAGACGCAAGAUUCUUGUUUACAGGUGACGGAAGACGACAUAGCGUACUGUUUGGCGAGGCCCUUCUGUUCGCCUGUGGGAGAAGAGCGGGAAUGCGCUGAGGACCAUCCGCUUCGGAUUCUCAGUGAAGAGAACCUGACUGUGGUGUCAACAUUUACUGACUCGCUGUCGAUUACGACGGAUUUGGAGGCGCAGCGCUUCUGCACGAGUGGCACUGCCUACCAACCGAGCGCGGCGUCUCUGGCGGACUUCCGGACGGAGUCGUCCUCGGUUUUCCGCGGCCAUCUGUUGUACCGCCAGCAGCAGCAGCAGCAGCAGCAGCAGAACCAGCAGCAGCACAGCGGGGGCGGCUCGCCCGCGGACUCGGACGACGAGCGGACGCUGCGCAGGCACCCGCUGCCACCGACCGCCGCCGCCGCCGCCGCCGCCGCCUCCGCAGCCCCCGCCGCCGCCUCCUCCAUCCCCACGGCGCGGGCGCCCGCGGGGGCGGCGGGUUCUGCGGCGCGCCGGGCGCCCGCCGGGUUCGCGUCUCCGCAGCUGAGCCGGCGGUUGCGACCCACGCCGCGCUGCCGCUCGCUGACAGAUGUCCCCAGCGCGGGCUCCACCGUCUUUGAGGCGCAGCGCAGCAUGCGGCGGUCGGCGAGUCCCCAGCCGUCUCCAGGGCGGCGGCUCCUGCACAGGACCCUGUUGCUGCGAAUGGGCUGCAGCGGAGCUGGCGAAGGCUACGGGGGCGGCAGCGGCUGCGGGGGCGGCAGCGACCUGGCGGCGCUGCGACUCCCGGACGGCGCGUCCAACCCCAACAUCUGCAGGGAGCCGGGAAACGGCGCCUCCGGCUCCGACACGGAGGAGGAGGCGGCUGCGGGGGCGGCGGGGGCGGCCACGCCGGAGGCGGGGGUGGGGGCGGGGGCGGCGGAGAGCGCUCUGACGCUGCACAAGGCGCCCUCCGAGGACGUGGCCUGCUGCAAGGAUAGCUCCGGCUACGGCAGCCUCCCCACCGACGGCUACAGCUCCGCGUCCACACGGCUCUCGGACCUCGAGCUGCGAGCCACCUCGCGCACAGGGUCGUCCGCGGAGGUGCUGCAGUACUGCCGCGAGGACGUGGCGCGGCUGGAGCGCCGCUGGACGGAGGUGCGGGCCGCGCGCGUGCGCCAGCUGCGGUGCGAGCAGGCCAGGCUAUGCCGCGAGCUGGCUGCCGCCAAGGAGAGGCUGCUGCUGCCGCCGCACCGCUGGCGCUACGAGCUUCACGUGGAGGCAAGCAUGGACCAACGUGACCCAGCAUUCGUAGAAGCUCUGGAGAGGGAAACAGACAUCCUUCGCAAACGUGUUGAUGCCUGCAAGUCACGCGUGAUGUUUGUCACCUGUUUUGACUGUGUGCCACGUACAUCAGCUUCAGAUGACUCGAGCAGUUCAUAAAACGAACACUCAUCCCAAUGGCUGGAUGGACAUCAGACUGUGUUAGACUCUUCAGUGAUUACUGCAAGUGUUUGUUUACAAAAAGACAAUGUAGGCAGUGUUUGAUGAACCAUGACCGAAUGCAUUACUGAGCUGUCCAUAUAUGCAGAGAUAUUUCACAUGCCUGGUUGUCUCCUUUUAAACUUUGCCCAUUUUUCACAAAACUCUUAAUAGUUCAAAAAUGUAAAAAGGGUAAUAUUGUGCUUCCUGUGGCAGCACCAUUCAGAAUCUUCAGUUUUGAUAGCCGACUCAUAAGUACUUCACCAAAUGUCAAAAUCCUCUACAAUAACCAAAAUCAUUCUCAGCUGCAGUGACUUUCGUUUUUUCUUUGUGAAGAAUUUAUACUCUCAUCUCAUCCACAAAUGCAACCAGGGGAAUAGUUUCAUAAAUUACUGAGCAUUAUUUUCAAAGAGGCAGUGUCUCUAAAAUCUAGAAUGUUGACAAAGGUUCACCAAGAACACUUCAGUGCCACUGCUGAUUUUCUUACACUCCAAAGUCCUACCUUGAAAAUGGAGGGCUUCAACAGCUCUCAACCAACUUUGUGGGCACCUCACAUUGACAAGUUUUAGCAUGUGAAGGCUACAAUAGU